AUUGCACAUCAAGUUUACAGAUAAAGGAUAAAGUUUAAUUAAUUGCUCUCUUUAUAUUUCAAAUGGCAGAAAUAAUGACAUCAUUUGUAUCCAAAACACACAAUUUCCAACCUGAAUUUGAAGCUGCGCCAAUUUAUUCCAAUGCUUCACCAAAUGAGGCAUUAGGAGAUCAUCACCAUAGUGAUGCUUAUUUAGCUUGUGAUGAUGAAAUACCCACAAUUGAUUACUCUCUAUUAUUAUCUCAUGACACUUAUCAAAGAUCUAUUGCCCUUGAAUUGCUUGGCCAGGCAUGUGAGGAAUAUGGCUUCUUCUAUCUGGUAAACCAUACCAUACAAGAUGAUGCACUCAAAAAUGUUUUUAAAGGAGUUUCUAAUUACUUUGAUCCAACAACAAUUGAUGAGAGAAGAAUCUACAGUAAAAAGGGUUCAUCAGAUAAAAUCCGAUGGGGCCUAACUGCUAAUGAUGGGGAAAAUAGAGAAUAUCUCAAAGUUAUUGCACAUCCUCAAGAUGAAGCUGCUUCUUCCAAGCCAACAAUAAGUCUCAGCAAAAUUGUAGAAGAAUAUAACAAAGAAAUGAGAAAAAUUGUAGCUGGAUUAGCAAAAGCAGUGUCAACAAAUUUAGGGUUUGAUGAAAACUAUAUAGAGAACGCAUUCAACAUGAAUUCAGGGUUUGAUGUUAUGGCCAUGAAUCUUUAUCCACCUAAUACUAAAGCUAAGGGUGCUGUUGGUCUCCCCAAUCACACUGAUCCUGGUUUUGUGGUCACACUAAUGCAAGAUGUAAAUGGGGGUCUUCAAAUUCUAACACAUAAAGGAAAGUGGAUUAAUGUUUAUAUUCCUCAUCAUGCUAUACUCAUCCAGCUUGGUGAUCAUCUUGAGAUCUUGACCAAUGGCAAAUAUAAGAGUCAUGUUCACCGAGUUAUUGUUAACAACAACAAAGUGCAAAGGAUCUCUAUUGUUACUCUUCAUGGACCUUCUCUAGACAAAUUUAUUGUCCCAGCUACAGAAUUUGUUGAUGAUGAAAAUCCACAAAAUUACAUUGGAAUGACCUAUAAAGAAUCCUUGGAAGCAAAUGGGGGCAAUGAGAUCGAUGUACAGUCAUCACUUGAUCAAAUUAAGCUAGUGUAAUAUUAUUAAUUAGAAGUUUUUUUGUACAUAUAAAAUAGUGUGUUCCUAGUUUUUUUUUUAGUUAAUAUAUUGUGUCUAUUUUCUCCCCACACCCAUCUCUCUUACACAAACCUCAUACACUUAGUGAAAAUAAAUGAGGUUUUACUUUGGUUGUUGUAAUAAUAUAAUGUAUGAAUAAAUGAAGUUUAACAUGUUAUCCUAUGAUGAAAAUAAAAGAAUGCAAUAAUAAAUAUCUUUUUUUUUUUUCACUAAAUGAAUAAA